AUGGCUUGUUGUAUUCACAAUAUUGUUCAAGAUGGAUUUUGCACUGAUUGCAAAAGGGCUGUGGAUACUCAACACCAUGCUUACAUACCUUUUUAUUACCUCAAGAACGGUCAACAGUUUCGUCCAGAAUAUGUGGGGACUAUGAAACGCCAUGUUUGGAACAAGUCUUUAAUGGAGAAGAAGCUCACUUUAGUCCUCAGUCUACACGACACGCUUUACGACUCUCGCCCAGUUUCAUUGCUCUCAAAAAAAGAGAAAUAUCUAACCGAGUCAAAGUCGGAUGAUAUGUGGCGAUCAAAAAACGGCGGCAUGACUUUGUGUAAGCUACGACCUUUCGCUCGUGAGUUCCUGCUCGAAGCCAACAAGCUGUUCCAGAUGCAUGUGUUCGAGCACUCCUACCCUGAGGAUUGCAAAGAAGUGAUAUCCUUGCUUGAUCCUCAAGGAACUUACUUUGGGAAACGCAUCAUCACAUACAGAGACAGUGAGAUGAAGAAUCUAGAUUUAGUCUUGGCAGAAGAGCGUGGGAUUGUCAUCCUCGACGAUAAGCUCGCGUAUUGGUGGCCCGAGGACCACACCAACCUGCUGCAGAUCAGGCCUUACCAAUAUUUCAAACGCUGCGACAACAACAAGACUUGGAUCACCAAAGUCGUUGAUUUGUUCAAGACAAGACAUCCAAAAUUUUCUUACGCACAAGAGAGGAUAGAUGAGAACGCCGAGGAUGGUGCGUUGGCGAAUGCUCUUGAGUUAUUGAAACAAGUGCACCGUAAAUUCUUCACUGAAAAAGACCAAGAUUCCAGAGAUGUUAGGGCCUUGCUUUUUCCCUAA